AUGUCUGCAAAUGUAGCAGAAGAACUCAAGGAGACUGGCAACUGUUUUUAUCAGCAACAUCGUUAUGAAGACGCUAUCAGUGCUUACAGUCGAGCUAUAAUUAACAACCCAGUCAUUCCAACUUAUUUUACCAAUCGAGCUUUAUGUUACAUGCAAACAAUGCAAUGGGAAAAGGCUGAGGACGACUGCAAGAAAGCUUUAGAUUUGGAUCGCAAAAAUGUUAAGGCAAAUUUCUUCCUUGGCCGAACAUGUGUGCAGUUGGGACAUUUUGACGAAGCUUUAAAAGUACUUACACGUGCAAAUGAUUUAGCGCGUAGUCAAAAACUGAAUUUUGGGGACGAAAUAACAGCGCAAAUUCGAGUUGCGAAGAAAGAAAUAUUCAGGAGAGAGGAAGAGAAACGAAUAAAACAAGAAAUUGAAUUACAAGCUUACUUAAAUGGUCUUAUUGAUAAUGAUCUUGCAAGAAAAUUGCGAAAACUAAAAGGAAAAAAUGAAACUAGCGAAGACAGUGAGGAUAUAACUGAAGAGAUGGAUUUGGAGAGUGAAGAGGUGACAUUAAAAAUGAAGGCGCAAUCAUUCAAAGAUAAAUUGAACAAUUUGUUUGCACAGGUAGAUGAAAAAAGGCGGAAGAGAGAGGUUCCUGAUUAUUUAUGUGGUAAAAUCAGCUUCGAAAUGUUGCGCGACCCCGUAAUUACUCCGAGCGGUAUAACAUAUGAUCGUGCAGAUAUUAAGGAACAUUUGCAACGAGUUGGUCAUUUUGAUCCUGUUACGCGAGCACCGCUUACUGCUGAUCAGCUUAUACCUAAUCUCGCCAUGAAAGAGGUGGUAGAUCACUUCUUAAGUGAAAACCAAUGGGCUAUUGAUGCUUAA